GGCGCCGCUGGACCCUCCCCCCCCCACCCAGCUGACCCGAUCGGCCCCCGGGAGCGUCCGGGCUCUGCCCUGGACUGCUGCUUGGCCCUGGGCAAGUCCGGUCCUCCGACCCUCCGCUGCCCGGGCCCCCUUCAGUGGAAGCAGAGGAGGGGUCUCCAGCGCCUGCCGGGUCAACCCUGGAUUGUACAAAAGAAGAAACUGAGGCCCAGAGCUGGAAGGGGCCCCAGGGGCCAUCAUAAUGGAGUGGAGGGUCAACCUUUUUGACCCAUGUUGUGCAAAGGUGUGAAACGUAAGCGAGAGGAGGAAGAGGAGGAAGAGCUAACCUCACAGGACUGGUGGCUAGAGGAGGCCACCCCCAGCCCAAGCUCUGAGGAGGGGGCUGGCCCAGCACCCCUGCCCCCCAGCUCUCUCUUCAACCUAUCUAUAUUCAAACUCCACCAUGGCCUCCGGAGGGGCGAGCCAGAUCUCCGCCACCUUGUCCUGGUGGUCAACACCCUGAGGCGAAUUCAGUCCUCUAUGGCCCUGGAGCCCUCUGCCCCAGAACCCCCUUGUCCAGCUCCUGCUGACCCCUUCCCAGUGGUCCCUGACACCCCUCUGUGCACGUCUGUCUCAGCCCUCCUGGAUGACCUGAGUCAUAUCGAGGGCCUCAGUGACACCCAGACAGCCUUCCCUGAAGAUGCCCCCCUCAGCCGUCCCCCUGACCCAGGCCUGGAUCCUGGGCGGCCAGCCCCUCUGGGGUCCCUGGAGCUCCUCCUGGAGGAUGGACUGGAGGGUCUUUUUGAUGAUAUUGACACUUCCAUGUAUGACUGUGAACUCUGGCCCAACCUUAAAACAGACUCUGGGGAAACAGAGGACAAGAUACAGGGACCAGGGCUGGACGUGUCUGAACUAGAUUACCUCAUGGAUGUGAUUGUGGGCACACAGACUUUGUAGGGGGACCAGGAAAUGGUUCCCUGCCUGCCCCCAAGAGGCCCAAAUGGACAAGGGGUCAUGGGGCUGCUGGGAGCUCCCCUCCAGCUACAGAUGGUGGGAGGGGGGCAUGGAAUUGUGGGGAGGGAAGCAUGGAUGGUUUUUAAGAUGAAAACAAUUAAUAUAUGAAGCUGUCUGUC